CCCCGGCCUCGGCAGAGCUAUAAGUAAGCUGACUCUCCUCGCCCCUGUUUGCUUCUUCUUUGGAAGCCCUUGUCUGACGGCCCCGCCUAUUACUGAGUAUCUGAUAUCAUGAAGAUCAGGACCAUCCUGGUCGCCUUCGCCACGGCGGCCACGGUCAUGGCCAGCCCCACCUGGGGAGGAGAGGGAGGCAAGAUCUGCCUGUGGGGUAAGACCUCUUGUGGAGGCUCCUGCGUAGACUGCAACAGCGACUACAGCCACUGUGGUGGCUGUGGCAACAAGUGCCCGGACGGACAGGUCUGCAGGGGCGGCAGAUGUGUCGUCGAGUGCCGGUGGGGCCAGACGCAGUGCGGCAACGACUGCGUUGACUGUAACGGCAACGACAAUCACUGUGGCCUGUGCAACAUCAAGUGUGUCGGCAGCUGCACCGACGGCCAGGUGCAGUGCAAUGGUCAAUGUGUGAACACCGGUACGGACAACAACAACUGCGGCGCGUGCGGUACCAAAUGCAAGGACGGCGAGAAGUGCCAGAACGGCAAAUGCAUGCCGACCGGUCCCACUUGCAACGCCCCCGAUAUCGACUGCAACGGCAAAUGCACCAACACUCAGACGGAUGCUUCGAACUGCGGCGCGUGCGGUACCAAGUGCAAGGAAGGCGAGAAGUGCCAGGGCGGGAAGUGCACGCCAACUGGUCCGACAUGUACGCCGCCACAGGUAGACUGCAGCGGCAAGUGUGUCGAUACCUCCUCCGACGGCUCGAACUGCGGCUCGUGCGGGACCAAGUGCAAGGACGGCGAGAAGUGCAGCGGUGGAAAGUGCACACCAACUGGCCCGACCUGCACGCCGCCACAGGUAGACUGCAACGGCAAGUGUGUCGAUACGUCGAGCGAUUCGUCCAACUGCGGAGCCUGCGGCACCAAGUGCAAGGACGGCGAGAAGUGCAACGGCGGCAAAUGCGAGCCCACGGGGCCGAUUUGCAAGCCUCCUCAAGUGGACUGCAACGGAAAAUCGAUUGCAACGGCAAGUGCAUUGACUCCUCCUCGGACGCCUCAAACUGUGGCGCUUGUGGUAUCAAGUGCAAAGAUGGCGAGAGGUGAGACGCUGUGCAACGGCAAGUGCGUCAAUGUUUCCACGGACACUGCAAACUGCGGGGCGUGCAACGCCAAGUGCAAGGACGGCGAGAAGUGCAACGGUGGCAAGUGUGAGCCCACGGGGCCUGUCUGCACGCCUCCUCAAAUCGACUGCAACGGCAAGUGUGUUGAUUCCUCCUCGGACGCCUCAAACUGUGGGGCCUGCGGCAUCAAGUGCAAGGACGGGGAAAAGUGCGUGGGAGGCAAAUGCACGCCGACCAACCCGUGCAAGCCCGGUGAAACGCUAUGCAACGGCAAAUGCGUCAACACCAGCAGCGAUACUUCAAACUGUGGCGCCUGUGGCACCAAGUGCAAGAGCGGCGAGAAGUGCGAGGGAGGGAAGUGUCUGUCUCCUUGCCGCCCGGACCAGACCCUUUGCGGGGACAAGUGCGUAAGCACUGCCUCUGACCCGAGCAACUGCGGCGCCUGCGGAACAGUUUGCCCCGCCGGUUUCAUCUGCGAGAACGGCAGGUGCAAAGCCCGAUGUGUUAACGGCCAAAUUCAGUGCGGCGACACGUGCGUCAACCCUACCAAUGAUGAGGAGCACUGCGGCGGGUGCGGCAAGAAGUGUGAGGUGGGACAACACUGUGUCAACUCUCGCUGCGAGGGAACGGGCUGCCCCACUGGACAACUCAGGUGCGACGGCAAGUGUACCGACGUCUUCAACAACAACCAGAACUGCGGCAAGUGUGGAGAAGUGUGCCCACCCGGGCGGAACUGCCGGGGCGGGAAGUGCACGCUGGGCUGCCAGCCAGACCAGACGGAGUGUGGCGACCGCUGCGUGAGCACGGGCACCGACUCUAACAACUGUGGGGCUUGCGGUGUGCGCUGCAAAGAUGGUGAGAAGUGCGAGGGUGGCAAGUGCACGCCCACGAACCCAUGCGGACCCGGCCAGACUCAGUGCAGCGGCAAGUGCGUCAAUACGAACACAGACGCCUUGAACUGCGGCGCCUGCGGCGUCAAGUGCAAGGACGGGGAGAAGUGUGAAGGCGGCAAGUGCAUCCCCACGAACCCCUGCGGCCCCGGGCAGACGUACUGCGACGGCAACGACAGCACGAACUGCGGCGCGUGUAACGUCAAGUGCAAGGAUGGUGAAAAGUGUGACAAGGGCAAGUGCACUGUCUCAAACCCGUGCGGACCUGGCGAGACGCAGUGCAACGGCAAGUGCGUGAACACGCAGACUGACUCGCAAAACUGUGGAUCGUGCGGUAACCCGUGCGCCAACGGCCAAAGCUGCAAGAACGGAAAGUGCGAAGUAACUACGCCCUGCGGACCAGGACAGAUUGCGUGCAACGGGAAGUGCAUCAAUCCGCUGACCGACAACAAUAACUGUGGGGCGUGCAACAACAAGUGCGGAAACGGCCAGACCUGCCAGUCGGGUACGUGCACCACGGCAUGCGGGCCGGGUGAGACCCUUUGUAACGGCAAAUGUGUCAACACAUCUAGCGACGCUUCGAACUGUGGAGCUUGUGGAGUCAAGUGCAAGAGCGGCGAGAAGUGUGAUGGCGGCAAGUGCACGUCAUCAUGCGGACCAGGCCAGACUCAGUGCAAUGGCAAGUGCGUCGACACCUCGAGCGACGCUUUGAACUGCGGAGCGUGUGGAGUCAAGUGCAAGGAUGGUGAACAGUGCAACGGCGGCAAGUGCACGCCAUCAUGCGGACCAGGCCAGACUCAGUGCGGCGGCAAGUGCGUCGAUACCUCAAGCGACGCCUCGAACUGCGGAGCGUGUGGAGUCAAAUGCAAGGGCGGUGAAAAGUGCAACGGCGGCAAGUGCACGUCAUCGUGCGGACCAGGCCAGACUCAGUGCAAUGGCAAGUGCGUGGACACAAGUACCGACGCCAACAACUGUGGCUCGUGCGGUGUGGUGUGCGGCAACGGAAAGACUUGCAAGAACGGCAAGUGCGAGACCUCCAGCCCAUGCCGCCCCGGCCAAACGCUCUGCAACGGCAAGUGCGUUGACCUGAACUCUGACUCGCACAAUUGUGGCUCCUGUGGCAACAAGUGCGCCUCUGACUGCGAUUGCGUCGGUGGCAAAUGUAUCACCCAAUGCAAGGACGGCAAGACGCUGUGCAAUGGCAAGUGUGUCGACCUGAACUCCGACUCGCACAACUGUGGCUCGUGCGGUAAUAAGUGCGCUUGGGACUGCGCCUGUUCCAGCGGCAAGUGCACGCAGAAGAGCUCGCUCUGCUGCCCGCAGACGGACAAAUGCGGCAAGAGCUUGAACAAGUCCUCCAACACCGUAUGGGGCCACACGCUCACGUGCACCUAUGGACACGGAUGGGGAUGGCACCAUAAGAAGGACCAGCUCGAUGAGCGCACGUUCGGCAAGCUCAGCUCGUGCAUCUACGACGCGAAGACUGGGAAGCUAAGUGCCAAGUCUUGGUGGAACCACUGUUGCCCGCAGACGCUUGCCCAGUGCUAAGCCCAUCGGCAACCAUCCCUCCGCCCGCCCUUCCGGUCUUGGGACCAUGAUGAAGCGGACAAUGUUAUAGUAUCGCACAUUGCGAGCGAGAGAAGAAAUGUCAGAAGUUGUACAGCUGAUAUACGUUAUGCACGCUGUCCGAAGUGUCGGUGGACCAAAGAGGGGUGCGCCAGCCUUACCUAACAUAGUGAU